AUGGGGUUUACUCUCUAUCGUGUUCGCUUUGAAAUCAUUGAGAAUGGUGAUAAUUCAUGCAUUAUCAAAUCAACAAUUGAGUAUGAUAUCAAGGAAGAGGCAAUUGCUAAUGGUACACCUGGCUUUACUAGCUACUCAGAGAAGUUCACAAAGGUUGAUCAUGAGAAUCGCUUGAAAGAAACAGAGGUGAUUGAAGGAGGAUAUCUCGAUAUGGGGUUUACUCUUUAUCGUAUUCGCUUCGAAAUCUUUGAGAAGGGUGAUGAUUCAUGCAUAAUCAAAGCCACGGUUGAGUAUGAUGUCAAGGAGGAGGUAGCUGCUAAUGCCUCGUAUGUCACUAUCGAGCCAUUGGUGACAAUCAUAGAACUCACCAAAAAUUAUCUCAUCAAAAGCAAAGCUGCUAAAGAUGCAAAUUAA